AUGUCGAACAACGCGUUGAAGCGCGACAACGCGAGCUCCUCGGCGAACGUGCUGAUGUGCCGCCAAUGGUGGAAGGUGUGCUGGAUGUACGGCGACCAGGAGAAGUACUACAGGCAGCUCUACGGCAGGAAAACCGACGGCGAUAAGAAGAAGAAAUCGCCGCAGCCGUUCCAGAAUUUCUACGAGAACGCGCUGGCCGAUCAGCGCAACGCCGAUGAGAUCAGGGCGACGCCGUCGCCCAACGGGAACGGCUCCCCGGCGUUGGGCAGCUUGGACAUCGCCGCGGAUUUCGAGUCCGUCUGCAGGAACUACCCCUACCCGGACCCCAUGUCUAACAACAACGACGGCGGCCUCGGACCCAUCUCGCCGCCGGCGCUGCUCUCGCCCGGCGGCAAGCUCCCGUCGCCGGGCGGCGGCGGCAAGUUGCCGCCGCUGGACGCCGCCGACCGGUUCCUGGGCAAGGGCUCGCCGUUCUCGCCGUCGAACGGCGAUCCGCAGCGGCACUCGCAGAGCGACGAUGACAGCGGCUGCGCCUUGGAGGAGUACACCUGGGUGCCCCCCGGGCUCCGGCCCGACCAGGUGCACUUGUACUUCAGCGCGCUGCCCGAAGACAAGGUCCCCUACGUGAAUUCGGUGGGGGAGCGGUACAGGGUGCGGCAGCUCCUGCAGCAGCUGCCGCCGCACGACAACGAGGUGCGCUACUGCCAUGCCCUCUCCGACGAGGAGCGCAAGGAGCUGCGGCUGUUCAGCGCCCAGAGGAAGCGCGAGGCGCUGGGCCGCGGCGCCGUCAGGCAGGUGCCCGGCGGGACGAUGCAAUGCGACGGGUGCGAAGAAACCCUCUCGGCCGGCGAUAUAGGAGUGUUCGCGAGUCGAGCAGGACCCAAUACCUCCUGGCAUCCCGCUUGUUUCACUUGCGCCGUAUGCAGGGAACUCCUCGUCGAUUUGAUCUACUUCUACAGAGAGGGUCGCUUGUACUGCGGUCGCCACCACGCCGAGACCAUCAAACCGCGGUGUUCCGCUUGCGACGAGAUCAUCCUCGCGGACGAAUGCACGGAAGCGGAGGGCCGCGCCUGGCACAUGAAGCACUUCACCUGCUCCGAAUGCGAGCGCCAACUCGGCGGCCAGCGGUACAUAAUGCGCGACGGCCGGCCGUACUGCCUCCACUGCUUCGACGCCAUGUUCGCCGAGUACUGCGACUCCUGCGGCGAGCCGAUCGGCGUCGACCAGGGCCAGAUGUCGCACGAGGGCCAGCACUGGCACGCCACCGAGGGCUGUUUCUGCUGUCACACGUGCCGCACGUCGCUGCUGGGCCGGCCGUUCCUGCCGCGGCGCGGCGCCAUCUACUGCUCGAUAGCCUGCAGCAAGGGCGAGCCGCCGACGCCGAGCGACUCGUCCGGCCCGAAUACGCGAAUACCCCGGCAGACGUUGAAGAACCGACCGCCGAGGCCGCCGUCGCCGAACGAGAGCAGCACGCCGCCGUUGUCGCCGUCGGUGAGGCGGCAUCUGCCCGGCCGAUCGCCCACCACACCGUCGCCGUCUUCGCCGCCGGGCUCGUCACCUUACGUAAACAGAUCCCCGACCAACACCAGAUCGCCUAAGAUGGGAAGAAGAGCGUUGCAACGAUCGCCCAAACCGUCCGCUUCCAUUCCCACCACACCUACUCUAUCCGAUAACGGAACGAACACCAACGAAACCAACGAAGACGCCACCAAAGGCAUGCCGUCGUCGUCGCCUAGUUGCAGAGGCCUCGACAGGGUGUUGCUGGAGAGGAACCUCGAGCGGCUGCUGACCGAGCGAGGCGCCCAAAGCCACUCGCCCGACCUGGAGAAGCUCCUGCUGGCCAGAGACAGGAGCCGGGAGCCGUUGCACCUGGCCGAUUUGAGCAUCGACGACUGGACGGCUCGCUCGUUCGCCGACGGCCGACAGGACGAGUCGGACGGGCAGAGCGGCAACGGCAACGGCGAGGAGAAGGCGAGCAACGCCGAGCCGGCGCCGCAGCACGCGAGCUCCAUGCCGGAGCUGGCGCUGCCCGGCUGCAGCUCCGCCGCGCCCGGCUCGCCGACGAAGAGGGGCAAGGGCGCGUUGAGCGUGCGCUUCGAGGGCGACAACGAGGCGUUCGAGGCCGACGAGAACGACAACGCCGCGUUGGAGGCGUCGCGGAAGUUCCCGCGCAGCCGGAGCUACUCGGGACGGGCGAAGCACGACGAGUCGUCGCGGAGGCGGGAGCGGAAGGAUUGCUCGUCGGCGUCCGGUUCGAAGGCCAGAGACAGGGAUAGGGAUAGGGAUAGGGAUCGGGACGAGGAUAGCGAGAGUUACUGUUCGACUUGUUCUUCCAGUUCUUCCAGCGACGAUCUGGAUUACCAGUUACCGCCGAGGAGGGCGUACGGGGGCGUGAGGAUAUCGUACGUUCCUAACGAUACUCUUGCCAUUGCCAGGCGGAGGCAGGCCACUGUGCAGAAAUCGCCGAGCAAAAAGGGGAUUCCCCUGGACGAUAAGGACAAGAACUGCGUCAUAUCGUGA